UCAAACGUUUACUAGAGAUGUUUAAAAGCGUUCACUUUUUCCAUUGUGUCAACACAGAGAAGAGUAAUAGCCAUACAAAUCUGUAAUUACUUCGUUUGAAAUAUUACUUAACAUGCAACCCAUUUAGUUUUAUAAAUGUUUGCGGGUGCAAUUUAGAUUUGCAUCAGGGUGCUUAUUUGACAGCUCAAAUUAUUUGCUUCUGGAGCCUGAUUGGCUAAAACAACCCCGUUGAAAUUGGGGGUUCGCAUCGGUGGAGUAUGGCUAGCAAGCCUGCUAGCUAGCCAUAUCUUCGUAUUUUAAGUCAGUGGUAACCCAUCUGAGUUCAUAACUUACCGUCCUACUGUUGCAGACAAAUGAAAAUUGUCCUAACGACAUAAUUGUCUCAACAAAAGAUAAGAGGCCUGUGUGUGGAUGACCCCUCCCCUUACGAGAUGUAACAGGAUGCUGAACCAUCACUGUAGAAGGAAUCCAGAGCUUCAAGAGGAGCUGCAGAUACAGGCUGCAGUGGCAGCAGGGGAUGUGUACACCGUCCGGAAGAUGCUGGAGCAAGGUUACUCUCCCAAGAUCCGCGACGCCAAUGGGUGGACCCUGCUCCACUUCUCCGCUGCCAAGGGGAAGGAGAGAUGUGUCCGUGUCUUCCUGGAGCAUGGAGCUGACCCCACUGUGAAGGACUUCAUCGGGGGCUUCACCGCGCUCCACUACGCCGCCAUGCAUGGCCGAGCGCGCAUCGCCCGCCUCAUGCUGGAGUCGGACUUCCGGAGCGACAUCAUAAACGCCAAGAGCAACGACGGCUGGACGCCGCUGCACGUGGCCGCCCACUACGGACGGGACUCGUUUGUGCGCCUCCUACUGGAGUUCCGUGCCGAGGUGGACCCCCUCAGCGACAAGGGCACCACGCCCCUCCAACUGGCCAUUAUCCGCGAGCGCUCCAGCUGCGUGCGCAUCCUGCUGGACCACAGCGCCAACAUCGACAUUCAGAACGGCUUCCUGCUGCGCUACGCAGUCAUCAAGGGGAACCAUUCCUACUGUCGCAUGUUCCUCCAGCGGGGCGCCGACACCAACCUGGGGCGACUGGAGGACGGGCAGACGCCGCUGCACUUGUCGGCGCUGAGGGACGAUGUGCUGUGCGCCCAGAUGCUCUACGCGUACGGCGCCGACACCAACACGAGGAACUACGAGGGCCAGACGCCCGUGGCGGUGUCCACAAGCAUGUCAGGCAUCAGCCGACCCUGCCUGGACUUCCUACAGGAGGUCACAAGACAACCCAGGACUUUGCAAGAUAUGUGUCGGAUAAGGAUCCGACAUUCCAUAGGGCUCCAGAGCUUGAAGUGUCUAGAGGAUCUGCCAAUUGCCAAGGUCAUGAAAGACUACUUAAAACACAAGUUUGAUAAUGUGUGACAGCAAAAAGCUUUUUAUAGACGACCCCCCACCCCCCGAACCAGGCUGACAGAGAACGUUGUUUCUCUCCUUAAAACAUCCAAGGACUAUGCAAGCGUUAUGCCACCUUUGUCUGAAGCCUGGAUGGAGAAGUGACCCAGGUUUUGGAACAUCAGUUACACACGUGGUCUUCAUGGAGCAGGCCAUGUAUCUUAUCGUUCCAGUCUUCUGAUCAUGUUAGUAGCACAAUUGGAUUGACGACCGAAUUGGAUCAGCGGGAAAGAUGUCAGUGUUUCAAUUAGGCUUCAGUCGCAGUGUAUGGUUGACCAGGUGGUGCUGUUGUAGUACGUCUUGUGGUAUAAAACUUGUUCUGAUGGAAAUACGACCAUCUUCUUGUUGCUGUUAUGUUACCCAUAAUGUAGGUUUCAUGUUAAAUUUCAGUCCAAAUUAUGCCAUUGAUUUUGCUUUGUUUUGUGGAUGUUUAGUCUUCCUGUUUGGUGUUCACUGAGAUGCCAAGAUUGUUUCCCCUCUGGUUAACAAUGUUAAACAAAGGAAAAAGAGCAAAGUGGAUUCCAUUAUGCUUCAUUGUCAACACAAGUGUCAAACUUUGGUGCCCACAGUUGCAAAAGAAAGGGAAUCUUACGAUACAAUAUCAAAUUGUCUGUUAUCAAACCCUUUAACUAUUCAAGUAUUACAAAAGCUCAGUGUUGUGUUACCUCAAAUAAACAUGUUUGAGUUGACUAAAGGAGACCAAUUCAAAGUUGAUUGAUCGAAGAGUUCAGGCAGUAGCGAUACCUGAUACAAAGGAGUAUGUUCGGAGAGAGGAGUUUGUCACAUGUACAGUAGAUCUUCAUGAGUUGAGUCAUCCAGCAUAGCUUGGUAAUGUCAGUCUGCCCUGGAUACUAUGUACAGACAUUCACAUACUAAAAAACUACAUGUAAAUAAUUGUCAUAUAUGUACAGAAGAUAUUUUUCUAGAAUUAUUUAAGCAAUGAUCUCCUGUAUUCUUAAAGUAUUGUGUGUUUUUGUGACCGAUAUAUUGGUGUGUGUGUGUGUGUGCGAGUGAGUGUGUGAGUGAAGAUUAAAUUUAAGAGAUUUAGUUACAUCAACUUGAAAUCAAUUUAGUUUUUUUUACUUACGGGGGACUGAACAGAUUUUUGUUGAAAUGGGAUCGCCACAGCUUACACUUACAAAAAUAUCUGUUCUUGAAGACCAUACUAUGAAUUCCUGGUUGAAUUCAAUGGUUUUACAAAAGGAAAUGUAUGUUUUAAAAAAAAUGUCCAAUCCAAUUGAUAAAAAAACGUUGUCAUUGUAUGUAAUAAAAUAAAAGUGUUGAUGCGCCUGCGUUCAAAUCAUAUUUGUCUUCUAAGACUACAUGAAAGUUAAGUAUGAAUCAGUCUCUGAUCCUGAUGAAUGGUGUUUUCAUAGGAUUUUUUUGGUGCAUGAUUUCCAUGACAGUGUUUGUAUAGUUUUUGCCCCACUAUCGAAAACCGCUAUGAUGUCCUUUGUUUAACAGAGAUGUUGUAUCUUUCUCUUGCUGAUGCAAUGUUGUUUAAUUUUUAACUGUGCUUGGGUCUAACGCCAGUUGUCCUGCUAUCUCCCUGAGACAUUUUGGUUUUAAAAUAAGAGCUGGCUUUAUUAACUCUGUAUACUUUUAGAUUCCUUAAAACCAACUGCCUUCCUGUCCGCUCUUGAAAAUGUUAAUGUGCGUUGAUCAGCUUUAAAUAUGAUUGGAGUCACAAUUUAUCAUUUGUUCAGGUCAUAGACAUAGAGUUUUGCCUGACCACCUGACCUGGACAGGAUAUGUGGGUUGUAGACCAUGACUACAAUACAGGUCAUGUAGUCUGGAAAAAACUAUCAGUCCAAAUCAAUGAAUUUUAGACAACAGAAUUCUCUUAAGUUUUUCCUUCUGUAAAAAUAUGUCGCCUGCCCAAAGUCACGUCCUCUGAUUUUUGGAUACCAUUUUGAUACCAUUUUGUAUAACAGACUGGUUAUAUACAUUGAGCAGGAAGUAAGUGUUGAAUGUGAUUUGCAGCGUACUCUGGGUUUUGUUCAUUAGGGCAUGCAAUGGAAAGCAAAAAAAAAACAAUUGCUGCAUAACCUUUAAAAAGUCAGUGUUUCUAUGGACAAGUCCUAAUAAUCCCUCCUGGUUUGAGUCAGUUGUCUUUUCUUUAUUGCCUAAUGAACAUUACCCCGAAUUGUGUGCCUCCACAAGCCUGGGGAGGGAUUUCAAUAGACUUUGUGUCUUUACAGUCAGGGAACAGUUCAUAAAUGUCUUAUGUUGGGUGGGAGUAGGGUGAAUUUGCCCCUAGUUGAUGAUCUUGGAUCAGAUCCCCACUGAUGUCUAAGGCUAGAAUUAGGAAUGGGAAACUGAUCCCAGAUGUGUAGCUAGGGAUAAUGUCAACGCAGAGCCUUGUGGUACUGAUCCAGGUGGUUUGUCUGGACUGUGGUAUCUGACCAGGGGGAGAUCUUCUCAGUCAGAUAACAUUGUCAGGAAGAAAUCCCGAUCUCUCCUAUAUGGCUCUCAAAUAAGUCUUCCGGCAACAUCAACUACUGAAUGUACAUAAUAUGCAGAUUUGUAAAUGUAAAACUGUGCUAAUAAACAAACCAUGAUAUUCUCAA